GAAAAUGGAAUUAAUGUUCUGUGUAUUUCCCCUCUACACCCCCCAAAUAAUUAACAAUAAAUACUAAAUGACUAUUUAAUUAAAAACCAAAGGGUGCACUGACCUUUGCACAGAAUGUUCUGUACUAAAUAGUGUGAAGUGUUAGUGCUCCCACUAAACCCAUGUGAGAGACAUUUUAUAAAUGAAUCCUGCCGUCCCCAGAGCUGAAGGGAAGCGUCACUGAGCAUGUAGAGACUGAACACGCUGAGACAGGAGGGCUUCUACAGGAGGCUUCAGUUCUCUAAGCUAACAGUGUGAGGAAGGCUGUGUACUGCAGCUCCAUACAGCAUGGACUUUAACUGCUUUGUGCUCUGAAUUCCUCACUCACACUGAUGUUCGGGACAAAGGGGAAACGUCUGGCUGAGAAACGCUGACUAUGGAUUAGGAAAUGAUGAAGAUUUUACCAGGAAACAGGAUUCUCUGGACUUUUCUUCUCCUGCUGUGCUGUUUACUGUGUGCAGCUGGAAACGAGAUGGUCACACUGCAGGAAGUGGAAGGAACCACUAUAACUCUCCAUACUGGGAUAACUGGGAUUCAGAGUGAUGCUCAGAUUCUGUGGUUUUAUGGACCUGAAAAAGCAGAGAAGAAGAUAUUGAUUAUUCAGGUAUUUAAAGGAGAAACUGUUACAGAAAUCAGUGAAAGAUUUAAAGAGCGACUGCAGCUGGACAGAAUCAGUGGAGCUUUAACCAUCAGGAACAUCAGCAGGAAUCAUUCUGGAGUUUAUUUAUUACACGUCAUCGCUGGACGUCUCUCAUCUAAGACUUUCAGUGUCAGUGUUUAUGCUCCAGUAUCAACUCCAGUAAUAAGAAGUCAACAAAAGCAAAAACGAACUGUUUUCCCCACAGAGGUGUGUUUCCCCCUGUGCACUGUGGAGAAUGGAGAAGAUGUGACGUUAUCCUGGUACAGAGGGACUGAGAGACUCAAUAUCACCAAUAACACAGAUCUCAGUGUUAACCUCAGUCUCACACUGCAAAUACACAACCAGGACAUUAACACUAACACUUACACCUGUGUGUCUGCAAACCCUGUCAGCAAUAAAACAACUUCUCUCAGCAUCACACAGCUCUGUGAUCAUCACCCAGAUAAAUCUGAACGUUCCCGUAUCCUGUCUUAUGUCCUGAUACCUGCUGGAGUUCUCACGCUGUUAUUAUCAGUGUUAGUAUUUCUGUGUGUUUGGAGAAAAAAAGAAAAGGAUGAAGUUUCUGUACAAUCUGAGGAUCUGACUUACUCUGAUGUGAAGAGAGUUAAAGCGGAAGAAAACUGGAGUGUGACGUGUGUUGAAGAGAACGGCUCAGUGGUGUACUCAGGGGUGAAGAGAUCCUAAUAACUCCACACAUCACUGGAUCAUUUUAACUCUAUUGAUAUUAUAAACAUUAUACUUUUUAUUUCCUACAUAAUUGGUUCUAAAUAUUUACUGUAUGUUUAACCAUAAACCAUUUCCAUUAAUGUUUAAAAUGUGAUUCUGUAUAAUAACUAUUAGUUUUAUAGGAAAUAGAUUUCAGACGUGAUCUCGUGUCUAAACUUGUCCUCCUGCUGGUUAAACUCGUGUUUGUCUCGUCACGUCACAACUGUGUGUACAAACAGAUUAAUGUGUGUGAUCUGAGCCGUGCUGAGAAACCCUGUAGGGGUUAGGGCGUGUCCUCAGGACUCAGUGUUUAAUAUCAGUUUAAUAUUUGCAUCUGAUCAUUAUAUAAACCUGAAUAUCAGCUUUAAAGUUAGAUGAAAACCAAGUGAUAAAAACAGCAGGCGCAUCAACAACGCUUUAGAGUUUUUACUGGAACAUCAGUUUUAUUUAGUGAAUCAGCAGCUUCAGGUUUCAUCUGUGUCUCAGUGUUCACGCGUCUCACAUUACAGCCGUAUUGUUCAGAUCAGAUACAGAGCGAGCUGUUAGAGAAGUGUGUGUGUGUGUGUGUGUGUGACUGUUUGUCUCUGUCCUCACAUUUAUAUUGUAGUUGAUGGUUUUUAUUUAUUUAUUUAUAAUCAGAUCCAGUAAUCUGAGCUCAGGAUUGAAUUAGGCAUCAAAACUUCCUGCUGUAUUUUACCUUUAAAACUAAACUCCAGCCUGUUAAAGCUCCUGACUGAGAGAGAGACAGAUCUUAUUUAAGCUCUUAUUUACUGUUGCUGUUCAUUUGUUUAUUAAAUUAACACGUGUACUGCAGUUCCUGAGAAACCUGAUAGUCUGCUCUUCUUCCUGUAACACGGCUUGUUCUGGCUUAGUGUCGCUCCAACAAACAGAACUACAGCAGAGAGAAACUUCAGAGAGAUUGUAUUAUAUGUAAAAAGUGCAGUGUUUUAAUAAAAAUGUAAAUGUGUAAA